AACUUCAUAGUAAGUAUAAAGAUAAAUCAUAUUAUUGUUAAUUCUGACUCACAUAGCACUGUUUGGGAGGUGACAAACCUACAUCAGGAAAGCCUGCUUUUAAUUACCCCUUACUAAGAACAGGACAUGCGUUUUCAUGUUACUAAUUCAGUUUUAGUCAGCAUCAUAUUGUUUAGUAAACUAAACACAGCUGGAAAAUGUUUAGCUGGAGGCAAAACGGAAAUCAUGUUUUAAAUUUAGAUUUAUUAUUCUGAGUCUUCUGCUGUCUUUGUUAGCUAUGUGUCAUAAAACAGGUUCAGUUAAAAUUAGACACAUAAGACACAAGAUUAUCAUGAGACAGUCAGCAGCAGUGUAAUAGGAAAACCCCCAGGUUUGAGCAUAACAUCUGUUUGACUUCCUCUUUUACACAUUUAUUUAAUCUGCAAGCAGAAAUUGUCAAGCAAUCUAUCAUGCUUACAUCACAAAAGUUUGUGAAAUGGGGGAUGUUUCUGAUCAAAGCAUUUAUGUGUAGUUCAAAAACAGCAUCCUCAGACCACAGUUACUGGAUAUUUACUGUUACAAGCACAUUCCCAAUGCACAAAGGAGGAAGUGGCUAGGUGCUUUUACGUGAAUCAUCAAGAACCUUAGGAAAAAAAAAAAAAAAAGGUGGGCCAAUACACUAUAAAUACCCUCCAGGGCUCCUUGAACCCAGAGACUAGUUUGAACAACUUAAAGUCAACAACGAUGAGAGCUUUUCUGUUGCUGCUGGUGCUGUUUGCCCACUCCUUUGCUGCAGUUCUACGGAAGGUCGACAAAGACAGGAAUUUAGCGGAGGAAUACCUUCGACGAUUCUACAAUUUUCCAAUUGGUUUGCAAGGAAGAAAGUCAUCCUCAGAUGCCUUUCAGACCAAGCUCAAGGAAAUGCAAAAAUUCUUCAAACUUGAGGUAACAGGAAAUCUGGAUAAAAAUACUUUGGACCUGAUGACGCAGGCCAGAUGUGGCGUUCCAGAUAUCGGGGAGUACAACCACUUCCCUCGGCACCUCAAAUGGCAAAACAACAAUGUCACAUUUAGGAUAUUGAAUUAUACACCAGAUCUGCAGAGGGCUGAUGUAGACAGAGCCAUCCGAAAAGCGCUGAACGUCUGGGCGGAUGUCACCCCUUUGACUUUUAAGAAGCUAUACUCUGGAACUGCUGACAUAAUGAUAAGCUUUGGAUCGAAAGAGCAUGGAGACUACAACCCAUUUGAUGGUCCGGAUGGACUGCUAGCUCAUGCCUACCCCCCCGGCCAAGGCAUAGGAGGAGACACUCAUUUUGAUGAGGAUGAACACUGGACCAAAGAUUCAUCUGCUUACAACCUGUUUAUUGUAGCAGCCCAUGAGCUGGGCCAUGCACUUGGUAUGUCCCAUUCAUCGGACGCAGGCGCCCUGAUGUACCCCGUCUAUUCAUACACCACAGGAUAUCCACUAUCUGAAGAUGACAUUGAAGGCAUUCAAGCUCUCUAUGGUCCCAACCCGAACCCAAACAGGAAAGUGAAGCCAAAGCCUGUUGCACCAAGUAAAUGCGACCCCAUGUUGACCUUUGAUGCUGUCACAGGGCUCAGAGGAGAAACCAUCAUUUUCAAAGACAGUUUCUACUGGCGUCUCCAUCCUCAGAUGCCAGAGCCUCAGCAGACGCUGAUCAAGUCCACAUGGCCUUCACUUCCUAAUAAAGUGGAUGCAGCUUACGAGAACCCAGAGAAGGAUUUAGUCAUCAUAUUUAAAGGGAUCAGAAUGUGGGCUUUAAAUGGAUAUGACCUUGUGAAUGGUUACCCUAAGUACAUACACCAACUCGGUCUUCCCAAGAAAGUAAGGAAAGUAGAUGCAGCUGUGCACAUUUCCGAAACAGGGAAAACGUUGCUCUUCUCUGAUGAAGACUAUUGGAGUUAUGAUGAAGCUAAGGGCACCAUGGACGCUGGUUACCCGCGAUCCAUCGAAGAUGACUUUCCAGGAAUAGAUGACGAGAUCGACGCUGCUGCUUUUCACGAUGGAUACUUGUAUUUCUUCCAUGAAAAUAUACAGUUUGAGUACAGCUACAGUUCAAAGAAGGUCAUGCGCAUUAUGAGAGCCAACUCCAUUUUCAACUGCUGAGAAGAGCUGCCACCGUUAUCUGUGUAUCUAAAUGUAGCUGGCUAUCUGGUGAUACACUGUGGCAAACUGUACACGUUUAAAUGGGACAUGAUGCAGUCCACUGUAUGAGCAUGGAAAUGAGCAGAAAAAAAAGAUGAGUAAAGCAAUGUGUAUAAGUGGUCGACACACAGUGCUCCCAUUAAUUAUUUUAACUUAUGAUUGCUUUUUAUUUUAUAUUUAUGUAUUUGUACAAGAGUCCCACUGCAGGUAUUUUCUAUGAUGUCUGUAGCAGGUUACAUCUCUUGUCUUGACUGGUCUGUGAGCUAAAUAUUUGACUUGAUCAUUUUGCUUUAUGUUUUUGGUUAGUAGGUCACAGUGUUUGGACAUAAAACAGGGUUAGAGCCUAAAGUGAUUAAGCCACCAGUUUUGUAAUUCCUGUAUACAGAUAUGUUAUUUAGAAAAAUUAUUUAAAAAAACUAUUUUUUUCGUCUAAAACAAAAUUUUAAUGUUUCAUUCUGUGUUGCAGGCCCUUUUUUGGCAUUUUUAGAAGUAAAUAAAGAGAGAUUGUUGUAACGCAAAUUAUGUUAAAACGGAUCAGUUUGAGUCACAUUCCUUGAAAAAUUUUCUGUAUAGUAGUUUUUAAGUAGGAGCUUCAUAUAAAUUGUGAUCUCAGAAACCACUGGAAAAUAAAGCUUUUUUGCUGACGUCUG